UAGUGGACCUCUAACAGCCAGAGGUUUUCUGUAAGACCUGCCUCUCUCUCCCUUUCUCUCUCUCUCUCUCUCUUUGGAGGGGGGCAUUUUCCACAAAAAUGACCAUCCAUUUCAGCUAAGUAUUAUUGUGUACUCAAAGUACAGGAGACAGCUUUUCCAUAUGACAUCAGAGGCAAGUCUGUACGGCUCCAUAAAACCCUUGACAACUCUUCUUUGGUAGGAAGAAAGAGAAGCAUUACAUUUCGAUAUGCUGGAAAGGCUUCGGGUCCUCAUUCAAAAAAGGAACUCUAGUCUUCACCUCCUGGGAGAGGAAAACAGCAAUACACUUGAGAUACCUGCAGCUGUUUCUACAGGUGGGCAACACAUGGACUACUGCAGAAAGCAGGCAAUGGCCCCUGAAACAAAAGUCCAGGGGAAGACCCCUUCCAGGCUUUGGAAUUUUCACUCCUGCCGAGCAAAUAGAGAUAUUUCCGUAGGAGAUGGUGAAAGCACACGGAUACUCUGGGAUUGCUGCAAAAACUGCAAAAUCAACCCACACGGUGCUAAACCUAAGGAGGGGAAGAAACAGAAACCGGAGCAAAGCUGCAAUAUGAACAGAAUAGAGGUGCCUUCCAUAAUACCCCAAACCUCUGCAGCAAUAACCUUCACCACAGAUAGCAUCCUUGGAACUGUAAUGGAAGCUUCAAUAGACACCCUGGACUCUCCCACCCCUUCCUUCCUGUCAGUCCACUCAGAGCAGACCAGUUUAUUGGAUGUCGAAGUCAUCAUGGGCAUCAUGGAAUAUGCUCACAGUGAAGAAAAGACAUUCACAGAGAGCAAUGAGGAGAAUAUUAACUUCCUCCGUGCCGUCUCUGCCACUUGCUUAGCUGCCUUGAAGAAUGGCCAAGACACAUUGGAUCUCCCAUAUACAAAAGCACAAUUGGUGGAGGUGGUAUUGAUGGUGAUGGAGACACUGCCCUGCCAUUCUGUGCCAUCGUUCACACUCUCUUGCGCAAUGUUGGCUGUCUACAAUCUCAGCAAAAUCAAGCCACCUCUUGAUCGUGAGUUGGAAUCGUGCAUCCUGCGGCUGGCUCUCCAUGGUAUUUUCAGCAUGGAAACAGAACCAGAGAAUUCUCACAGUCAGGCUCUCUACAAAUCAUCCUCAGACACAAUGGAAACUAUGCUGAGGGGAUUGUUGUCUGAGGUUCCAACCACAAGCCACCUACUAUUUAUAUUGGAGCACAUCAAUUUCUGGAUUCAUUCACACGAUGUCCAAGAGAGAUCGAGGGCUAUUAAAUGCAGCACUUCAUUGCUUCGCCAUGCUAUUCGUAUACCAGAUUUUGAAAAAUCUGGUGAACUCCCUGCUUUGGGACACCAAGUUGCCCAGUUUGGAGUCUGUAUUUCAGAUUCAAUGGAAGAGGUGAGCUAUUCUGCCAGAGAGGCUAUUAGGUACCUAUAUCUGCUGCUACUUCAUCAAAUGGGGCUGAGCACGGGGGAAACUGGAAAACUGUGGUGCCAGACGCCAGAAAAUAAGAAGAUGCUGGAUUAUCUAGACAUCCGCAGAGUGGGUGAGUUAUUUGGGAAGAUCUUCACAGAGGAUCAGAAGAAGACCUUUCUGCGGACGUCUUUGCUGGCCACAUAUGAUCCCUUGAGGAGGAAAAGUGAAGCUGGGAUUCUCCUGGUAUAUUCCCUUCUGGGGAAGGCAGAGGAGUUAAUGGGGGAUACGUCAAGGGUAAUAGAAAAGAAGAUCUACAAGCAGCUGUUCAAACUUCGGACGCUCCGGGAAAUGCCAGUAGCCUUGCAAAGCCUCAUUCCAAAUAAAGGUGAUGGGAUACUAGAGGAUAAAAAGAACUAAAACACCCAUGGCAGUAUCACUUCAGGCAGGAAAACAAAGGCAACAGGAAGCAAUGGUUAGCUGUGUGUUUCUCUCUCACCUCUGGCCUCUUUCCUGGAAAUGUCUCUUCCUCCCAUCCACUGUAACCGAAUGGCAGAACGCAUCACAAACAAGAAAAUGUGAUAUGGUCUACCUGCAACCCAUUUUGUGUGGCAUUUCAGAGCAUCACUCUUUAUAAAAAGACAAUUUACAGCAUCACACAGUGGAGUAACCGGGUACGAUACCAACAGAGGGAAGCUACCAAGGGGCACAUUCACUUGACACAGCUAUACAGUGAUAUUAGGGGCCAGAAUCGAUACAAAAUCCUUUUUACUUACAUGUAAUUAAAUGGUCACAGUGAUUUCUUCCUCCUCUA